GAAAACCGCCGGCCAAUCAGCGUCGAGACCAAGAUUCAAGCGGGAAAAUUCAAAUCGAAUUUACUUUUUUAAUUCUAAUUAUAAAUAAUUAUAAAUAAUUUUCUAUUUUUCGAAAAGAGAAAAUGUCCCAGGAGUCAAUUGUAACGCCGGAUAUUCUAUUGGAAUUUCUAGAGGCGGCUUUCCAUCAGAUUUUGUAUUAUCGUAAAAUUUAUCCGGAUUCGAUUUAUUCGAGGAGAAAAUUGUAUGGAAUUGGAAUUUACGUUUCGGAACAUCCGGAUCUUAAUGAAUAUUUAAAAAAUGUUUUAAAUUCAUUGAGAGAAUUGUUGAAGGACGAUAUUUCGUGUGUGAAAGCAGUGCAAAUGACAUUUUUCAAUAAGGAGAGAAUUCCAAUUGAAAAAUUUGUUUUCGAUAUUCUCGAUUUGAAGGCGUCCGAUAAAGAGGCAGAUCCCUACUUUUUGAAAACGGAAGAGGCCCUGAGGACGAUUUGCCUGAAAAUCUCAACAACCGAAUCAUAUUUAAAACCAUUGCCGGAAAAUUCGACAUUUCGCGUGAAUUUCCUGACAUUUGAAUCGUCACACAUUGGAUUAAGUGAAAAUGCAAAUUUCGCCGAUUUCCCCUGGAUUGUCGACGACAGUGACAUUGAAUUAAAAAAUCAACAACUCCUCCCAUUGAAAACAAUAAAAACCGAUUGUCUCAAUUUACAAAUGUACGCGAUCGAGGAUAAAUUAUCGAAAUUGAAUAUUAAUUCCAGUAAUAAAAAAGAAACUUGUGCCAUUGCAACGACAAGUAAAUUAAAAAACUGAAAAAGAAAAUAAAAUAAAAGAAGAAAAGAAAAAAAUUAAAAUAUUGUUCAAA